GUUCAAGUGGUUGUGUUGUUCUGUUUUGCCGCCUUGACGCAAACUCACUUGAUUUACAUAAGCUCUUUGUCAACUUUUAUUCGUUUCUGAUGUAAGCAACAGAGACAAAUGAUGUCUUCUGAUACUUCCACUGUUGGAGGGAUCCAGGGUUAUCUCCUAAAGCUUCAUUCAUUCCUUGGAGACACAGAGAGCAGGAAUGCUGCUAUAGUCUGCCAUGACAUUAUUGGAGACUUGGGGCAGGAAUGCAUGAUAACUAAGAAUGAGAAUGAACUGGUUUUACAGACGUCUUUGCUUUUUGCAAAGGAAGAGGGAUUGCUUGGCUUUCUCCGGAAGUCUCUCUCUAAUGAAAUGCUGCGGGAUACAAGAGUGGACAUUCUAAAUUUUUUAGGGACAUUUCUGGAGAGAAUCUCAGUCACUGUCCGAGGAUGGGAGAAGAACUAUGCAGUCGAACUUAAGGACAUUUGUAUUGUUGUCUACACAAAGGACAAAGCUGCAAAGUGCCGAAUCCCUGCUUUAGAUCUUCUAAUCAAAAUACUGUAUCUCACAAAAGUCUUCAGCAUCACCCAGGAUCUCAAAGUUGGUGAUAUGUUCAACAAAUUUUACGGAGAGUUAUCUCAGAAGAGUAAGAUACCUGAUACAGUACUGGGUUGCAUUUAUGAACUUCUCGGAGUGCUUGGUGAAGUGCACCCCAGUGAGAUGGUCAACAACUCUGACAAACUCUACAAGGCCUACCUGGGUGAACUGAAAGGACAGAUGACAUCUACUACAAAGGAACCAAAACUUCCUGUUGUUGCUGGAUGCCUGAAAGGAAUCACAGCUCUGAUGGUGAACUUCACCAAAUCAAUGGAAGAAGACCCAGUUACGUCAAAAGAAAUAUUUGAUUAUGCGCUGAAGGCAAUCUGUCCACAGACUGAUAUGAAACGAUAUGCAGUCAUCUUUGCCGGUCUCAAACUGUUUGCUAAGCAUUCCAGCCAGUUCGGCAGUUGUCUCAUGGAUCAUUAUAUGUCUAUCUUUGAUGUUAUGUCCAAACUUUGUGGACAUAUAAAUGCAGAGCUGAAAAAGAGUAGUUACACAGCACUAGAGUCUUUCCUAAAACAGGUGGCCACUCUUGUGGCAGAGAACAUUGAGUUGCACAAGAGCAAGCUGAAGUACUUCAUGCAGAAGUUCUGUGCUAUCAUCAGGACCAUGGAAUCCACUAAUAGAGAACUGUCCAUUGCUAUCAGAGGAUAUGGCCUGUUUGCUGCACCGUGUAAGGUGGUGUGCCCUCAGGAUGUAGAUCUGAUGUAUACAGAGCUGAUUCAGAGGUGUAAGCAGAUGUAUCUGACUGAGACUGACCGGGAUGAUGACAAUGUCUACCAGCUGCCAAGCUUCCUCGACUCCAUAGCUAGUGUUCUGGUACACCUUGACCGGAUCCCUGAAGUGUACACUCCUGUGCUAGAGCGCCUCCUUGUGGUUCAGAUGGACAGCUUCCCUCAGUACAGCCAGAGAAUGCAGUAUGCUACCUGCCGCUCCAUCAUCAAGGUGUUUGUUGCCAUGGCAGUUCGAGGUCCAGUCCUCUGGAGUUUCACUAGUUCUGUGGUUCACCAAGGCCUGAUCAGAGUGUGCUCUAAGCCAGUUCCUCAGUCAGACGAGCAGAACAUUCCUUCAGGUGCUUCUCAAACUGAGGAAGACUCCGCCCUGGUGCGCUCUGGGAAAUGGAAAGUUCCUUCAUCUAAGGACUACUUGGACCUCUUUAAGGGGCUUCUGGACUGUGAAAACCUUAAAGACACAGGAUUCAUGGAUGGAGCUCCAGCUGCCAAGAACUACAACCUAAGAGACAUAAACCGACAUUUAUAUGAUGCACUGGUGCAGUCAGUCAUGAAGAUUGUGGAGAAACUUGAUCUUUCAGUGCAGAAAGUCAGUGCAGCUGAGGAGAGUGAUGCAAGUUCUGGAUUUAUGCCCUCAUCUGACCCCACAGCAAACCUUAUGCCCAACAAACCCAAAGACUUCAUUGCCUUUAUCAACUUGGUUGACUUUUGCAGUGAAUUAUUGCCUUCAAGAAAUCCUGAGUAUUUUGCCCAGUGGAUGCACCCCCUGUGUCAUGAGCUUAUUCUGCAAUCGAUACGUUUCCCUCUGGUCAGCGGCUUUUAUAAGCUCCUCUCCCUUUCUAUGGGAAUUGCCAAGAAAAUCCACUAUUUUCAGGACCUAAAACAAGAGUCAAAAAGUGUUGGCGGUGGCUCAACCAUGGAGAAUGCCUGUUUUUCACUGCUUGCAAAGUUUGGAAAGGAGGUUUGUGUGCGUAUGAAACAAUAUAAAGAUGAGCUCCUGGCUGCCUGUCUGAUGUUCAUCCUCUCUCUUCAUCCUGACAUGGUGGCUCUGGAUAUCAAGGCAUAUAUCCCAGCUCUGCAGGCUGCUCUGCGGCUAGGUUUGAGUCAUGCUCCUUUAGCCACAGCAGCACUGGAUGCUCUGGAGUCCUGGUCUUCUCUUAUUCCUGCUGCCAUCAUGCAGCCACACUACGCAGACAUACUGCCACAUUUAGAUGGCUACCUCAAAACAACCACUAACUCAGAAAAAGAUGAUGGCAAUAUGGAAGUGACAUUUGUGUCCACGGGAAGUUCAAAAAGUUAUGGAAAAGUCAUGAUGAGGCUUCUGAAGAAAUCGAAACACUUUUCUGUGGGAGAUGAGUCUCCGAUUGCUGCUGUGAGACGCAGGGUGGUACGUCUGCUUGGACACUUGGGAGGACAGCUCAAUAGGAGCCUUGUGACAGCUGUUUCUGCGGAGGACAUGAUGAAGCGUUUUGUAGCAUGGGACUGUGAGAAGAGGCUGAGUUUUGCCGUGCCUUUUAAAGACAUGAAGCCUGUGAUCUACCUGGACUCCUUCCUGCCACGGGUCACGGAGCUUGCACUGUCCUCCAGUGACAGACAGACUAAAGUGGCAGCAUGUGAGCUUCUGCAUAGUCUGGUCAUAUACAUUGUGGGAAAAGGAGCCCAGAUGACAGAAGACGACAAGUCUGCUCCUCCCAUGUACAAUCUACACAGAAAAGUCUUUCCUGUUCUUCUACGCUUGGCCUGUGACGUCGACCAGGUGACAAGGCAGCUCUUUGAACCUCUGGUAAUGCAGCUUAUCCACUGGUUCACCAACAACAGAAAGUUUGAGAGCCAAGACACAGUGGCAGUGCUGGAGGCCCUUUUGGAUGGCAUUGUGGAUCCGUUAGACAGCACCUUCAGAGACUUCAGUGGCACCUGUAUCCAGGAAUUUGUCAAAUGGUCCAUUAAACAGACAACCCCCAAACAGCAGGAAAAGAGCCCAGCCAACAUAAAAUCUCUCUUCAAACGUAUCUACAGCCUGGCCUUACACCCCAAUGUCUUCAAGAGGCUUGGAGCUGCGCUUGCCUUUAACAGCAUGUACAGGCAAUUCAGAGAAGAGAGCUCUUUGGUGGAGCAGUUUGUCUUUGAGGUGCUGGUGGUGUUUGUUGAGAGUCUAGCUCUGGCCCACUUUGAUGAAAAAUCCCUGGGAACUGUCCAGCAGUGUUGUAGCUCCCUGGAUCAUCUGAAGAGAAUCAUCAAACACAAGGCAGACUUGCUCAAUAAGAAUUCAAAGAGACGUAUACCUAGAGGUUUCCCUCCAGAUCAGUCAGUGUGCUUGUCAGAUGUAGUCAUAUGGCUGCUGACACAGUGUGGAAGACCGCAGACUGAAUGCCGACACAAAUGCAUGGAGCUCUUCUAUGAGUUUGUGCCUCUGUUGCCAGGUAAUGCAUCUCCUGCAGCAUGGCUGGAUGAACAGGUGAAGCACCGUGGUCCAGGAUUUCUCAUUUCGUGUUUAGAGGGAGGUGGGUUACACUCCCAGCCUACUUUGAGAGAGGUUGAAGCCCCCUUUAGCAUCAGAGGCACCUUACAAUGGAUGGAUCUGCUGCUGGCUGCUCUUGACUGCUAUAACACCUUCACAAACCUGCGCUGUAUGCAACCCCAGAGGAUCCUGGGCACUAGUGAGAAGUCCAGCUUUUUGCCAGCGCUCCGUUUCUUCCUUACGGAGCUGUCCAUGCAGGAAGUUCAGGCUGCCAGGGCUUGCUUCAAAAUGGGCAAUGCCGGUCAAUCACACUUCAGCCCUCGUGAGACAGAGCAGUACAACUACAACAAAUGCUCCAUCAUUGUCAGAGUUCUGGAGUUCUCCACCAUGGUACUGCAGAAAUGUCCACAGGACCUCUGGAAGAUAAUGGAGCAAGAUGUUUUCAACUCUUCUUUCUUCACACUGGUGGCACUGACGGUGUGUGAGCCCUCUUCCAUUGGGUUUAACAUGGCAGAUCUGGAGGUGAUGACUCAGCUGCCAGAGGUGUGCGCUCCUUUGCUUAAAGCUUUGGCAUCAACGCCUUACAGGACACAGCUGGAGAGUGGCAUUAGGAAGAGAAUAACUGUACAGAGUGUGGAGAAGUUGUGUGCUAUUGAUCUGUAUGAGGGGGAUAACAGGGACAGUCAUGCUAGCAUGCAUCUGUUACUCUUAGCCUGUAAGCAGCUUCACCAGUCUGGGCUUCUCAACUCAGUUCUACACAGUCAGGAUGCUGGUUAUGGUUGCUUUCUGGGCUCCAAACUUCUCACUAGUGUGUAUAAAAGCAUUGCUCCUGGAAGUGAAAGAAAGUCUCUGCCCUCCAUGGAUGUUGGCAGCAGGAAGUUGGCAGACAGGCUUGUGCAGUUGGCAUUCUGUUUGGGUGAUCAGAGUGAACAGACUGUUGGCCUUUUGCUGAACACCAUUACGCUCUCCGUCCCUCUCUCUGGCAGUCUGAAUCCUCACUUCCUCAGCUUCUCUCAUGGAGAGUACUUCUACAGCCUCUUCCAGACAUCUCUCAAUACUGAAUUACUCCGCAGAGUGGAGCACACAGUGCCACUGCUGCUGGCUUCAGCCAACCAGAACCCUAGCAUGGUUAGUGUUCUGCUGAACGGCAUGUUGGACCAUAGUUUCCGUGAGCGUUCAGUCAGAAAAUCCCAAGGCUCACUAUUGGCUGAACAGGUGCUCAAGGGCUGGGAUUUGCUCAGGCCGUGGUGGGAGGGUCCUGCAGCCUCACCAGAGAGCAAAACUUCAGUCCUUUCAUUGCUUGCCAAAGUGCUCCAGAUCGAUUCCGCUGUAUGCUCCAAUACAGAUCACAAAGCAUUCAAUGCUGUGUUCACCACUUUCACUGCCCUUCUCACAGAUAUAUCUAUGCCAUUAAAUCUCAAGAGCCAGGCUCUGAUCAUGCUGCCCUUCUUCACUACAUUACCCAGCAUGCCCCUGGAGGAGCUCAAGAGGGCUCUGGAGACUCUGGUGGCUGCACAUUUUCCUAUGCAGUCGGAUGAAUUCCCUCGUGGAUCACUUCAGUGUAACAACUACAUGGACUGCAUUCGCAAAUUUUUAGAGGCCCUGCAGCUGUCUCAGAGUCCCGUGUUAUUGAAGCUCAUGGCUAGAGUUCUGUGCCGGGACAAAAAACAUAUCAUGGAGGAGCUCUUUCAGACCUGCUUUCAAAAUAUUGCUCGCCAGUCCCAGUUGGAAAGACAGGUUCUUCUCCUCAGCUCUGUAUACCAGUCAUUUCAAGCCAAAGAUGUGCCUUCAAACUCCAUGCUUAUGGGUCUUAUAGACAGAGUCCUGCUACCAAUGGCCUCUCACUGCAGCCCUCAAGCACUCUCUCAGUUCUUCAUUACUAAUAUUGCUGAUAUUAUGACUACUCUACAGGCACGCUUCACCAAGUCUGUUGAGUCAGUGUUUGAGAGUCAGAUCAUGAUGAAGAUCGGCUGUUGUAAGCUGCUGGAGGUGUUAUACUCUCGUCUGCCUAAAGAGGAGGUCUAUUCUAAAAACUCAGCUAUCAACCAGGCCUUCUGUAGCACAGGCAGUGCAGAAGGCAAUGAGCUUUCCAAGAACCUCCUCAAAUCGUGUUUUGAGGCCUUCACUGAGAACAUGACAGGAGAGACGGUUCUGCUGGAGCUGAGGAGACAGUAUCACUGUGCUGCUUAUAACUGUGCCAUCGCCCUGAUCAGCUGCAGCUUCAAUGAGACCAAAUUCUACCAGGGCUUCCUCUUCACUGAGAAACCUGACAAGAAUCAAUUCAUAUUUGACAACCUCAUUGAUACACAAAGGGUGUACAACUUUCCUAUAGAGAUUGAUGUCCCUAUUGAGAGGAAAAAGAAAUAUGUCAUGAUCAGGAAAGAAGUGAGUGGAGAAAAUGGAGAUGCACCUGUAUACCUCUCCUCUCAGUCCUACAUGGCAGACAGCAGUCUCAGUGAGGAGAUGAGUCAGUUUGACUUUUCCACUGGAGUUCAGAGCUUCUCCUACAACUCCCAGAAUCCUUCAGGCGGGAGCAGCUCCAGCAGGACUCGGGAGCGUAAGGAGGUUGUGUCUCAGGAUGAGACUGUAGAGCUUGAGAUGGAUGAGCUGAAUCAGCAUGAAUGUAUGGCCAAUAUGACGGCACUGCUGCGCCACAUGCAAAGGAACAACAUCACCCCUAAAACCGAGGGAGUGACACCUAGUGAUCUUCCUCCCUGGAUGAAGUUCCUGCAGGGGAAGCUGGACAAUCCGUCCACCCCGCUGAACAUUAGACUCUUCAUAGCCAAACUUAUCAUCAAUGCUGAAGAGAUAUUUCACCCAUAUGCGAAGCAUUGGCUGGGCCCACUGGUGCAGCUGGUGGUUUCCAGUAGCAAUGGAGGAGAGGGCAUUCACUUUAUGGUCGUGGACAUUGUGGUGACUGUCCUCUCAUGGGCAAGUGUGGCCACACCAAAGGGUAGCACAAGAGAUGAGGUUUUGGCCAAUAGGCUCCUUGGGUUUCUGGUUAAGAACUGCUUCAACUCCAAACGGGCUGUUUUCCGCCACAACCUGGAGGUCAUCCGCACAGUUGUGGAAUGCUGGAAGGACUGCCUCACAAUACCUUACGAUUUGAUAUAUGAACGGUUUGCUGGAACUGAUCCCAACAGCAAGGAUAACUCUGUUGGACUACAGCUUUUAGGCAUUGUAAUGGCCAAUAAUCUUCCUCCUUAUGAUGCUGCAUGUGGCAUUGAGGAUGACAGAUACUUUCAGUCACUGGCCAACAACUUGUCAUUCAUCAGAUAUAAAGAGGUUUACGCAGCAGCUGCUGAGAUCAUUGGUUUAAUCCUAAACUACAUGACUAAGAGAGAAAGUCAAAAUGAAGGGCCCUUAUUUAAUAUUACUAUCACAAAACUCAUGGAUUUGAGAAAGAAGGAGGUGGAUGACAAAUUUAUUGUUUGCCUGAGCAAAGUGUCCAAACACUUCCCACCCUUAAUGGAUCGAUUUGUAAAUCCUGUUUUUUACUUGCUGCCAAAGCUGCAUGGCAUUUUGAAGACACACUGCCUUGAAUGUGUGCAGAGUCGUGCUGAUGUCAUCCCUGAAAUCUACCUGCACCUGAAGACCAAAGGCCUCUCACAGAUCAUGAGCCACAAAGAUGAAGGCAGGCAGCGGGUUUGUCUGGAUAUCAUACAUAAGAUCCUGGCAUGUCUGAAACCCCAAGAGCUGAAGGAGAUUUUGGGAACCGUCACAGCAUUUGUGUCUCACCCUUCUCCUGUCUGCAGAGAGAGAAUGUAUGACAUCCUGAUGUGGAUCCAGGACAACUACAGUGACACUGAGAGCAUGGAAGACAGCACCUCUGUUGAAGUGCUCAGUGCAGCUCGAGAAACUCUCCUCCAGGGGCUGACAGAUGAAAACUACGGCUUACAGCUUUAUGUGCGUAAUUUCUGGAGUCAUGAGAGCCGUUUACCUCCAGACACACUGGAGCGCAUGCUUGUGGUGCUGAAGUCACUGUAUUCGUCCCGCAUUGAAGAACAGUUCCUCAGUCUGGCCACUGACCUGCUUCUCGAGAUGACCAGUCGCAGCCCUGACUACACACGCAACAUGUUUGAGUUCCCACUCUCUGAGUGCAAGUUUCAGGACUACGCCAUUGACUCUAACUGGCGUUUGCGGAGUACGGUCCUAACACCGAUGUUUAUGGAGACCCAAGCCACUCAGGGUUUAGAGGCCGCAGGAAGCCAGACAGCCACAGUGAGAGGUCAGAUCAGGGCCACACAGACGUCCCUGGAGUUCUCACAGACUCUGGCUCCUGGUGCAGGACGCCGUUCAGCAUAUAACUGGUUAACCGGGAGUAAUGUGGACACACUGGCUGAUUAUUCGCUUUCAUUUGAUACUUUAUCAUCACUCCUGGUAUUUGAGAAAAAGAGAUCAGAACGGCCCCAAGCUGCCUGGAGAGCCGUGGGUGCAGGGUUUGGCUCUAAACGCCUGACUGCUGCCAGUGACGAAGCAGACAGUCGGAGUGCAGCCGAGCGGGAGCGCCGUGCAGACAUUCUGAGGCUCAGGAGGAGAUUUAUAAAGGAUAAAGAGAAGGAGAGCAUCAGAUUCGCCAAGAAAGAAAUUCAGUCCCAAAGAACUGAAAGAGAAAGAAGAGCAGAUUUGAAGAUCCGUCAGGAUGCUCAGGUCACGCUGUACCGCAGCUAUAGAGUUGGAGAUCUUCCUGAUAUUCAGAUUCAGUAUAGCAGCCUCAUCACCCCGCUACAGGCUCUGGCACAGAGGGAUGCCACAUUGGCGAAGCAGCUGUUCAGUUCACUGUUUGCUGGAGUGCUGGUUGAAAUGGAGGGAUCCAAGUCUAGUAAAGAAACAACUUCCAUUCUUAAGGAUUUAGUGCAGGCCCUGAACACCUUCCUCAACAUGAGCACUGUCUACUUCCCUCCAUUCAUUUCUUGUGUGCAGGACAUGAGUUAUCAUCAUAAGGCUCUUCUUGGUGUUGAGCCAGCUCUCGUCAGUGCCAGCUGUCUCGCCAGUCUGCAGCAGCCAAUGGGCAUCCUGUUACUGGAGGAGAGUUUGCUUCAUGGCAUUGGAACGUCAGACGAACCUCCUUCAAAACGAGCACGGGGCAAACGAGAGCUGCCACCUGACACAGAAAGAUGGAUCCACCUUGCCAAACUUUACAGGUCUUUGGGAGAUUAUGAUGUGGUCAGAGGAAUCUUUAGUGGCAAGAUUGGCACAAAGUCAGUAACAUUCACAGCCUUGCAAGCAGAGGCAAAGAGUGAUUAUGCUGAAGCUGUGAAGCUCUACAAUGAGGCACUGAACAAAGAAGACUGGAAUGAUGGAGAGCCCACAAACACAGAGAAAGAUUUCUGGGAAACUGCUGCGCUGGAGGCCUAUAAUCACCUGACAGAGUGGAAAUCUCUGCAGUAUUGUGCCACAGUCAACAUUGAUGACAACUCACCUGUCAAGCUAGAAAAUAUGUGGAAGGAGCCAUUUUAUGUGGAAACAUACCUGCAGUACAUGAUGCGUAGUAUGUUGAAGCAGUUGCAGCAGGGGGAGAGAUCUCAGGAUCUGCUCAGCUUCGUUGAUGCUGCUAUGAAGAAAGAAGAGCACAAGAUCAUCAUGGAGACCCAUUACAGUCAGGAGCUGAGUCUACUGUACAUUCUGCAAGAGGACUAUGACAGGGCCAAAUACUAUGCCAAUAGCUGCAUGCAAGUCUUCAUGCAGAACUACUCAAGUAUCGACCCACUGCUGAACCGCAGCCGUCUGACAGUACUACAGUCUGUCCAAGCUCUGACAGAGAUCCAAGACUUCCUGAAUUAUAUCUCAGGAGAGGUCUCGGUGAAUUCUCUGAAGUUCAUGAUCAGACGGUGGACCAGCCGCUAUCCAGAUGCUAAACUGGACCCCAUGAAUGUUUGGGAUGACAUCAUCACAUCUCGUUGUUUCUUCCUGGAUAAGAUUCUGGAGAGGCUGACUUCCACCCCUGAAAACAGCAUGGAGGUGGAUGGUGCAGAGCAGGCGAGUGGAGAGGAACUCGGAGCGCUGGUGAAGAGCUGCAAGUUCAACAUGAAACUACAAAUGGCAGACAGUGCAUGGAAACAGAAUAAUUUUCCGGUGGCAUCCAAGCUGUUGAAGGAACUUCACCGUGAUGCAAAGACGGAUGAUGCCUGGUUGGUCUGCUGGGUCCACAGCUUCAGCCGUUUCACUCACAGAAGAAGCGCUGGCCUUGGAUCUGCUGAAAAGAUUAAUGUUUUGCUCAAGACUGUUCCACUUCUGCUUGACGCUGGGAGACAGAGUGAAGGCUCAUCUGCUCGAAUGCUUUGUGACCAGAAGAUCCUUCUGGGCACCACCUAUGACCUCAUGGCCAGAGCUGCGGAUCACAGUCCUUCUGCUGUGGAGACUCUCGGGGAAGAUAAAGUUCAGAAGAUUCUCCAACUGUCAGGGGCCUCAUCCAUCACCCAGGUGGUGGAGGGUCUGCAGAUGCAGGCUCUGGAGAUGUUGCAAAGUGCUGCACGUAAGGCAGAAGAGGAAGAGCAGUCCUUCAGCCAGCAGCAUGUGAACAUACAUGGUAUUGUGGAGGCCUACAUGACCUUGGUCAACUUCUGUGACCGAAGACUAAGAGAGAGCGAACAGAAAGAAGAAGCAAUCAGUUCUGAACUGCAGUCCUUGCCUGGACAUGUAGUGAAGAUGAUGCUGAAGGCAUUGAAGCUCAACUCGGUUGAGGCCAGGCUCAAAUGUCCUCGUCUACUGCAGCUAGUAGAACUCUACCCCGCAGAAACCCUGGACCUGAUGGUCAGAGAGGUUGUUAGUGUGCCUUGCUGGAUGCUGAUUGGCUGGAUCAGUCAAAUGAUGGCUCUGCUUGACAAGCCACAGGCGACAGCAGUUCAGCAUGUUAUAGAGGAGAUCGCAGAAUGCUAUCCACAAGCCCUCAUCUAUCCAUACAUGAUCAGCAGUGAGAGCUACACCUUUGAGGAGUCUGCGAGUGGUCAGAGGAACCGGGAGUUUGUUGAAAAGCUGAGGUCAUUACUGGAUAAAGGUGGCGUCGUCCAAGAGUUUGUAGAUGCCCUUCAGCAACUUACUAACCCUGAAAUGCUUUUCAAGGAUUGGUGGGAUGAGGUGAAGAAUCAACUGGACAAACCAGACAUGGACAAAAAGAAAAUGAAGCAGCUUUAUGAGGAAUUGGCUGGAAUGCUUGGUGAUUCAAAGUCUCCAGGAUUUGGAUCUUUCAGAAGGAAAUUUAUUCAGAAAUACUGUAAAGAAGUAGAGAAGCUGCUUGGUGCUGGUGGGUCCAAGUUGUAUGAAAAGCGAAAAGAUAAGGAGUUCCUUCAGCAGGUGGACCGCCUGGCUGUGUCAAUGAGAAGUUUCCAAAAGGAACCAGGGAACAUGAAGGAAUAUUCACCCUGGCUCAGCAGCUUCAAAACGGAAACACUCAAAAACGAACUGGAGGUACCAGGUCAGUAUGAUGGCCAAUUGAAGCCUUUGCCAGAAUAUCAUGCAAAAAUCACAGGUUUUGAUGAAAGGGUAAAGGUUAUGGCAUCUAUUCGGCGGCCGAAGCGCAUCAUCAUACGAGGAGAUGACGAGCGGGAUUAUCCGUUCCUAGUGAAGGGUGGUGAGGACCUGCGACAGGACCAGCGCAUCGAGCAGCUCUUUGGUGUGAUGAACAUGAUUCUCAGUCAGGACACUGCCUGUUCUCAGCGGAGCCUGGCACUCCGCACUUAUCAGGUCAUUCCCAUCACAAGCAGGAUCGGCCUGAUUGAGUGGAUGGAGAACACCUGCACCCUGAAAGACUUCCUCUCCAGCAGAAGGACUGAACAGGAGCAGAGGACAAUCACAAAGCCCAAUGAGUCCUAUGAUGACUGGAUCAGUAAAGUUGCUGGGAAGGUGGACGGCAUUAGACGAUAUGCUGAACUGUACAAGAAAGCAAAACGUGUGGACACUGUGAACAACUUUAGGAGAAUUGAGCAGAUGGUGCCUGAUGACUUGUUAAAACGUGCUUUUGUAAGGAUGAGUACCACACCUGAAGCCUUCCUUUCGCUGAGGUCCCAUUUCAGCUGCUCUCAUGCUGUGCUCUGCAUCAGUCAAUGGAUUCUGGGCAUUGGUGAUCGGCAUCUCUCUAACUUCAUGAUUAACACAGAGACUGGCGGUAUGAUCGGCAUCGACUUUGGUCAUGCAUUUGGAUCAGCCACUCAGUUCCUCCCAGUGCCUGAAAUGAUGCCAUUUAGGCUGACACGGCAGUUUAUAAACUUGAUGCGACCCAUGGCAGAGUCUGGUCUCAUUCAGAGUGUGAUGGUACAUUCACUGCGAGCCUUCAGAGAUGACCCAGACCUGCUGCUCAACACCAUGGAUGUCUUUGUGAAGGAGCCUUCACUUGACUGGAAGAACUUUGAGCUGAAGCAGCUGAAGAAAGGAGGUACCUGGACAGAGAGUGUGAACACCAAAGAAAUAAACUGGUUCCCUCUACAGAAGGUCAACUUUGCUCGCAGGAAGCUAGAGGGAGCCAAUCCCUCGGUUAUAACAAGUGAGGAGCUUUGUCUUGGAUUUGAGAAGAACCCAGAGUACAAGGGAAUGUUGGCUGUUGCUCGAGGCGAAAAAGAGCACAACAUACGAGCUCGACACAAUGAGAAGGACCUGAGUGUUGAAGAUCAGGUAGACUGCCUGCUCGAUCAGGCAACUGACCCCAACAUACUGGGCAGGGUGUGGAUAGGCUGGGAACCAUGGAUUUGAACCAAAUAGUGGGUAACAUACAGUACUGAAAUACAAGGUUUUUGUGUCAUUCUAAAUUUUGUAAACCCUUUUUCAUAGUGUGAAGAUGGAUUUCAGAACUACUGUCAUAUGCUUUUAUAGUAAUGUUUAGCUGUACUGCAGAAUUUAACGAGAUUACACUAAACAGACCUCAUGUUGAUGAAGGAAACACUGUUGAACACGGUUGUCAUAUCCCCUUGCACUGCUCUGAAGGAAACCAGUCAUCAAAUAAAGCAUCUAUACAUGUCAACAUUGUCAAA